AUGGUUGCGGUUGAUAUUCUCAAGUUUCCAACAUCGUCACCGGCGGACACCUCCCCUUUGACGAGGUUAUCAGCAGCAGGGUAUAAUGCUUCUGACAUUUUAGCAGUCAUCGGAAAGACUGAAGGAAAUGGCUGUGUCAAUGACUUCUCCAGAACCUUGGCAUCCGCCGUCUGGGAGCCACUCAUCCCCAAGGACGCCGUGACCAUCUUCUCUGGAGGUACUGAAGGGAUGCUCUGCCCACAUGUGACCUUUGUGGUGCGUCAACCUGACUCCAAGCCUUCUGGCCUGCUGGCGGCGGUCGGCCACACCAGAGACCUGGAACCGCACGAAGUGGGCAGUCUGGCACACACGCAAGCCGUGGCAGCCAAGGUCGCAUCCAUGAUCUCCGAGCUCGGUGUCACUUCUGGAAAUGUACAACUCGUUCUCAUCAAGUGUCCGUUGCUGACAUCCGCGAAAGUGGCGGCUAUCAAGGCGGCUGGGAAGACACCACUGACCACGGACACCUAUGAGUCCAUGGCCAAAUCACGGUAUGCGAGUGCGAUGGGAAUUGCUUCUGCUCUUGGUGAGAUUAGCGAUGGACAGGUUGAGAACUCUCUCCACUCCGGGGCCGCUUACAGCGGAAGGGCCAGCUGUAGCAGCGGCGCAGAGUUAGAAGAUAACCACAUCUUCAUCCUGGCUUCCAAUCCCGCAGAGCCUUCCAAUGGACUCAGAGCUGUGUCUGGCGUAAUGCAGGACGCAAUUGAUGCCGCGACUGUGCUGGAUCUGCUGCAAAAGGUCCGACAGGAUGGCGGGCGGGUGGUGCAAGUCUUUGCCAAAGCUGAGGCAGACCCGACCGGGCAGGUGCGCGGAAACAGGCACACGAUGAACACGGACUCGGAUAUCCACAGUACACGGCACGCUAGGGCUGCCGUCGGAGGACUGUUAGCCGGCCUUGUGGGUGAUCCUCAGCUUUAUGUGUCAGGAGGAGCCGAGGGUCAGGGGCCUGCGGGUGGUGGGAGCUUGAGUGUGGUCUAUAGGGUGUCUUGA